ACAGUGCACACUCACCUUCAUCGGACCGAUCGAGUAUGUAUCUGUGAUAACAAAGCUCUUGUUGACCGCCUGAUUCCCAAGCAUGGCUUUUCUACGACCUUGUUUGAUACGGUCUACAACCGCAAAAUGGCAACACAUCAGUAGUCUGUCAAGAUUAUAUUUCAAUCGGACCAGGCAUUCACACGGAGGACAAGAACACUCAUCAACUUUGCCUGCAGUCUACAAGUUGCCACCUGCACAUCUAAUAAGAUUGAAAAGUUCGAUAUCGCCAUUUUCUCGUGCGCGCAUAACAACAGGAGCAACCCCUCAAAAUUUACCUUCCAAAUCACUUCAGGCCUACACACCACCGACCACGGGUUUCUUGUCCCAUCUUCCACAAAAGGCCGUACCAUAUGGCGAGUUGAUGAGGCUUGAUAAACCAACAGGCACUUACUACCUUUUCUUCCCUUGCAUGUUCAGUACGCUGCUCGCUGCUACCAUGGCCACCCCUAUCGCUGCACCAUCCGCCGUACUCGGUACAACCGCUCUCUUUUUCACAGGAGCCCUUGUGAUGAGAGGAGCAGGAUGCACCAUCAAUGAUCUGUGGGACCGCAAUCUGGAUCCACACGUUGAGCGGACCCGUUUACGGCCAAUUGCCAGACGAGCAAUUACACCUCAGCAAGCCCUCGUCUUCCUCGGCGGUCAGCUUACGACCGGCCUUGCGGUUCUUCUAUCUCUCCCAUUCGAAUGUUUCUGGUACGCGACGCCAUCGUUGUUGUUUGUUACGCUGUAUCCUUUGGCUAAGAGAGUAACCUACUAUCCGCAAUUCGUUCUCGGGCUCACCUUCUCCUGGGGUGCAAUGUUGGGAUUUCCCGCACUCGGUAUCGAUUUGCUUUCCAACCAAGCGGCCCUCACGGCAGCGGCAUGUCUGUAUGCUAGCAACGUCGCGUGGACCGUUCUUUACGACAUGAUAUAUGCCCACAUGGAUAUCAAAGACGAUGUCAAGGCUGGCAUCAAGAGUAUCGCACUCAAGCAUGAGAAUGAAACCAAGAUGGUCUUGUCCGGUCUUGCCGUUGUCCAGCUCGGUCUACUAUCUGCUACAGGAAUCGCAGCGGGACUGGGACCAGUCUACUAUGCUGUAUCCGUUGGAGGGGCAGGACUUACUCUGGGUGCCAUGAUUCGAAGAGUCAAGUUGAAGAAUGUCAAGAACUGCUGGUGGUGGUUCGUGAACGGGGCAUGGUUUACUGGAGGUGCAAUCAGUCUGGGCCUAGCUGGCGAAUACGUGAUGCACCUCCUUGGGUGGUACGGUGAUAGAGAGGAGUCAGAAAAGCAUAAGCUCAUCACUGCUUGA